AUGGCCAUUGAGGUAAAACGUCAGGUCCACGAGACAGACGGCGAUGGGCAGAGCCAAAAGUCUAUUGGCGGUAUCACCCUUCGCGAUGUCGAGAUCAAGACAACCCUCAACAUUCCAGAGAGCGAAGACAAGGGCAUUGAGAUCCUUUUGACUCUCCGUCGGGCUGACGUACCAGGAUUCUACUCAUUCGCCAUCGAAUCGUUCCCCGGCGGUGAUGAUGGUAAAUGGACUCUUCACUGCGACGGCUGUGUCCGCGUAGAUGUAGAGAGUGACACCUUCGUCAACCAGUCCUUGUCCAACUCCCUUUCUCCAGUCGACGAGAAAGCUCUCAGCCAAUACGUUCCGGCAAAGCGCUGGUACGAGGCCUUUGAGCGCGUUGGUUUCCGCUAUGGCCGUUCGUUCCAACAGCUACACUACGCGCGCAUCAGCCGCGACCUGCACCAGGCUGCUGGCGAUGUCACGGUUCGCGACACAUCCGGGUUGAUUCAGGGAGAAUCACGAGCUCUAAUCCACCCCUCAACCGUUGACUCUUGUCUUCACCUUGUCACCAUUGCUAUACACGCAGGCGGACAUAAGGAGAUGCCGUGGGGCGUGGUUCCCACGCGUAUCGAGGAGGUGACCAUCACAAUGCCCGAAUCUGGCAACGUGGGACCAGACGUUACAGGGCAUGCUGUCGCUUGGUCUGAUGCUUUGGAUAACCGGCACUUCAUCACCAAUGUUCAACUCACGAGUGCGAGUAGCCGGAAGACCGUGUUGAAUAUUCGGAAUCUCCCAUGUGUUGCCUACGAGGCUGCUGUUCCAGUCUCGAUCUCUGCAACAGAGAAUCCGCCACCUGCGCCUUUCUCAACUUCAGUCUGGAAACCCGAUCUGUCGAAACUUAGACCAGCCGUUGAGAUGUCAAAAAUUCUGUCCAGCGGAGAAUCGGCACAUGACUCACUCGGCAGGUUGGUCGAGCUGGCGGUCUAUCGCCAAGCCGUCUCCAACGUGCUCAUCUUCGGUUCACCAACCUUGGAGGCUGUCAACGCCGUCUUGGCGCAUCUUCCUGGCUCUUCAACCGUCAAGAUCAGCUACCUUGGAGAUGUUGCCCCCUCGCUGUCUCAGGAGGCACAAGGCCGCGUGAAUAUCUGCCCACUGUCGUCCGACACCACGUCCUGGGUAGCUGAACUCGGCCAAGAGACUUUCAACCUGGUCAUCGCCGAGCAUUCCGACUCAAACACGCUGCUAUCUCUUGUGAAUCAAGAGGGAUGGGUCCUUGGAUUCGUCUCAGAAAACCCGCCGCCGCCCUCGAGAGCCAUCAGUCAAGGGCAGUACCACGCACUUCCAAAAGCAGUCCAAGAACCUGUCUCUACUGUUGAAUCUCACCCGUCGGUUCUGCUUCUAACGUUUCCGAGUGCUGAGGGGACAAGCAGCAGCCAGCAAGAUCUGGUGCGAUCUCUGGAAAGUAAUGGAAGCACAGUCACGCGAGUGACAUUGACGGAGUACUCCGAGACUGAAACUCACUCAUACGUGUUAGUCGACGAUACCGACUGUGGAUUCUUCUCCCUAGAUCGACAAAGCUUUGAUGCCCUCAAGAGAGUUUUCGCUACCGCCAUCCCCGUUCUCUGGCUCACCAGGGGCGUCAACCAGGGUCGCUCCAUGACUAGCGGAAUGGCCAGCGGCUUCCUUCGAAUCACGGGCUGUACCAUUGUGGACCUUGUCACGAGUGCCGCAACGGGGGAUUUCGGCAGCGAUACCGAGUUCUGGUUACACGAGGGCGUGCUGCAAAUUUCUCGCCUCGUACCGAAUGAUGACGUGAACCGAGAGCUCGACGAUAAUGUCAGACUGGCCGACUUCCCAUCUGGACCCAUUCCUGAGGGCAAGCCGAUGAAAAUUCGGGUUGUGGAUGGAGGUGAUCUCGGCAUCGAGUUAUUGACACACGAAGCUGAUCUGGCGCCCGAAGAUGUUGAGAUUCGCGUAUUCAUGUUGCAGAGACCGUCUUCCAACCCAUGGGGUAUUCUAGUCACAGGCACCAUUUUGAGAGUCGGCCAUCAUGUGGUCGCAUCUGCUGUUAGAAUACAAGCCAUCGGUGUCGUUGCUGGGGACCUUGGCACCGUGGUGCGCACGUCAGUCUUCACUAUCAUGGAAGAAGUUAGUGAAGCUAUCAACGAACAGUCUCUGCUCGAGAACUUGAGCCUCCUGUCAAAGAUUGUGGACCUCACACUCAACAAGACACAACUACAUCCCGGUGAUCAUGUUCUCGCGUUGCCAGGAUCGGAGAUGGCAGACAGACUAGUCUCACAGCUAGCCGUUGCUCAUGGAUGGAACCUCGCUAUUGUUACUAGCUCUCUCGAUGAGGUGAAGCGGUUCAAAUCUGACCCAACGAUUCGCGGCGCGCAUCUGGUUGCAUCAGACGGCAUUGAAGCCAUCAACAAGCACCUCGAGACCAAGAAUAUCGUCGCGGCGGCCAUCUUGGCCCACGACUUUGUGGACUUCGUCGCGAGGUCUGGAGAAGACUUCCAGCUUCUGGAAGAUUUCUUCUGUUAA